ACUAAGCUUUGCCUUGCCCAAAUCGUCUCUCUCUCCGAUCAAACAAAAAAACAGAAGAUGGCGAGCGAUAACGAACCCGCGAAGCUGCUCUUACCGUACCUCCAACGAGCCGAUGAGUUGCAGAAACACGAGCCUCUCGUCGCUUAUUACUGUCGAUUAUACGCAAUGGAGCGAGGGCUCAAGAUUCCUCAGAACGAGCGCACCAAGACCACCAACUCCCUCCUGAUUUCGCUGAUGAAGCAGCUCGAAAAGGAUAAGAAGUCGCUGGAGCUGGGGCCUGAAGACAAUCUGUAUCUUGAGGGGUUUGCCUUGAAUGUUUUCGGGAAGGCAGACAAGCAGGAUCGUGCUGGUCGAGCAGAUUUGAAUACUGCAAAAACAUUCUAUGCUGCAAGCAUUUUCUUUGAGAUUAUUAACCAGUUUGGUGUGCUUCAGCCUGAUCUUGAGCAGAAACAGAAGUAUGCAGCAUGGAAAGCAGCAGACAUAAGGAAGGCUGUGAAAGAAGGAAGGAAGCCUCAAGCUGGCCCCCCUGCUGGUGAUGAUGAUCUUUCAGUUCCCUCGCGGACAACUAGUGAUUCAUAUGAUCUUGGGCCAAGUGAAACUGCAGCUACCAGUCCUGGGCCACAGUCCGAUUCUUCAUCCCAGUUUUAUGAUGAAGUCAACAAGCAGCAUCCUACAAAUAUUACACCUUCUCAAUAUCAUGAUAAAGUCAAUUUCCAGCGUUCUGCUAGCUUUCAAUCAUCACCUCAGUUCCCUGAUAGAUUUAACGACCAGCAUUCUGCUGACGUUCUACCAUCAUCUCAAUCUUUCCCUAGUGCUGGCUACCCUUCCCAUGAUGGCCUUCCACCACCUCCUUCCCAUGAUAUCCAUCGACCACCUCCUUCCCAUGAUGUCCAUUCACCUCCUCCUUCCCAUGAUGUCCAUCCACCUCCUCCUUCCCAUGAUUUCCAUCUACCUCCUCCUCCCUCUCAUGAUAUCCAUCUACCUCCUCCAACAAAUAGACCAAACACUUCUGAUUAUCCUCAGCCAUACCACCAGCAACCCCCCUACCCACAUGAUCCCCAACAGCUUUCGCCGCAUGACUAUCCUCCUCCUCAUGAUACUACUAAUUACACCUAUCCUAAUUUAAGUAAUUUCCAAUCCUAUCCAAGUUUUACAGAAAGCAACAUUCCAGCAGUCUCGUCCCAGUAUCCCUCGUAUUAUCAGGGCACUGAUCCUUCCUACUCUUCCCCGUCAGCUCCUUCAACAACUAACUACCCAUCAGCGGCCCAACACCAGGCGAGCCACAGAAAUGGGACUGUUUCAGGACCUGCUCCUGUUGCCCCAUCAAAGACUUACCAUUAUGAUAGUAGCUACAUGCCAUCACCAGAGAAAAUAGCAGAGGCGCAUAAGGCAGCCAGGUUUGCAGUUGGAGCAUUGGCAUUUGAUGAUGUGUCAGUUGCUGUGGAUCACUUAAUAAAAUCACUUGAGUUGUUGACGAAACCAUCAUCUGGGGUUAAUAAGUAAAUUCUCAUCUCAUGGUGCUUGGGAUUCCUGAUGUUUCCAUAUAUGUUUGAGUAGUAUGUAAAUCUCACUGGAUAGUGAAUAUAUUCACAAACUGUUAGUUAAUCGUGAUGCCAUUGUAUUCCUUGCACCUCGAAUUUCUUGGGAAAUAUGAGACAUGCCUUGUAUGUGGAUGUUAAAUGGAGCUUGGUUUCCAUAGAUUUUAUGAGUCAAGCUGGACUACAUUUUUAGCUUU